CCUUUCAAUGCUGAAGAUGGAACUUCUGAACAGCACACACCCCAGCGCCGUGGCCUCUAGCAGCCCGCUCGAGUCGCAUGUGCCCAGCAGUGGCAGCGGUAACGGCAACGAGUACUUUUACAUUCUGGUUGUCAUGUCCUUCUAUGGUAUUUUCUUAAUUGGGAUCAUGCUGGGCUACAUGAAAUCCAAGAGAAGGGAGAAGAAGUCCAGCCUCCUGCUGCUGUACAAAGAUGAGGAGAGGCUCUGGGGGGAGGCCAUGAAGCCGCUGCCUGUGGUGUCGGGCCUGAGGUCGGUGCAGGUGCCCAUGAUGCUCAACGUGCUGCAGGAGAGUGUGGCGCCUGCGCUGUCCUGCACCCUCUGCUCCAUGGAAGGGGACAGCGUGAGCUCUGAGUCCUCUUCCCCAGACGUGCACCUCACCAUCCAGGAAGAAGGGGCCGACGAUGAGCUAGAGGAGACUUCGGAGACGCCUCCCAACGAAAGCAGCGAAGGCUCCUCAGAGAACAUCCACCAGCACUCCUAG